AUGUCCGACAAAUCCCAGGGCAUGUUUCCGUCAUUAUCCGAGUCGCUACUUUUUGCUGGCGACCCGCACAGUCUCGACAAUUCGGGAACUCAUUCUCAACCGAGUGAUGAACAGAAUAUUGCUGACAUUGGAUACAAACCCACGGCUAACAAGCUCCACGCGACAAAAACUGCAAAACUCUUUGACGGCUCUACGAUCACGCUUCGACCCCGCAUGAAAACGGUCCCCAAAAUCGACUUUUCCGACUCAGAUACCAUUCUCGACAUGGAUAUACUUCACGAGCGCGUCACGAAGCGGGAACUGAUUUUGAAGAGCAGAGAAACACUUAAGGGACUCGAGAAAGGGAAGAAGUCCAAAGAACCUCCGCAGAUCUGGACUGAUAAGUACAAGCCUCGCAGCUUCAUGGAGCUCUGUUCGGCAGGCAAUGAGCGCCAGUAUAAGCAGAUUCUUCAGUUUCUCAGGAAAUGGAACUCCGUAGCCCAGAACCAGCCGGCAGUAGAAGAUGACUACGUUGAUCAUUUAGGACGUCCAUCCAAAAAGGUGCUAUUGGUGCAUGGAGCUUCAGGCUCAGGCAAAACCACUAUUGUGCACUUGCUUGCUCGCCAGAUGGGCUAUGUAGUCCAGGAAUUGAAUGCUGCCAAUAGUAUGGACACUAUGCAUGGCGUGGAAAGCAGUGAGGGCGCCUCCCGCUUUGCCAAUGCCACGGCUGCACUCAAACUCAAGAUCCAGAAUGCCAUGACCUCCAACACAUUGGACUUGACCAAUAACAUCGAUGACAUAGAGCAGGAGGUCAAAACAAAGCCAACGUGUCUUGUUAUUGAUGAAAUCGACAGUAGUAUCAACGCCGGUGACAUCGUUAAGGUGAUCAAUGAUUUGGUGGCUUCAGAUAACCGGUCCCGUUCGGCGAAAGAAGACAGUAAGGACGACAAACACAACAAAGGCGCAAAGGGCAAGAAGAAAACACCUUUUGUAUUGCGCAGACCCAUCAUUUGCAUUGCAAACAACAUCUACUCGCAGAACGUUAAAAGCUACGGGCCAAAUCCAAUGGAUAAGCUACGUCCGAUCUGUGAGUUGGUUUCUUUCAGGCGGCCGGUAACUUCGAGGUCCAAGAACGGCAGAAUUAGUGUUUCAGCACAAAGAUCUGUCAAGGAACUCCUUCUGAAGGUCAACACCCAGGAAAAACUUGGCCUAGACCAAAAGGAUAUCAGUGAGGUGUUCGAGGUGUGUGAAGGCGACAUCCGGGCUUGCCUUAACUACAUGCAAUUCACUAGCCGCAAACUCGACCCAAAGCUCUACUCAUUUCUUCCGUCACUAAACGGCAAAGCUAAUUCAACCCACAAGGAUGAGUCUUUGUCGUGGUUUGGUGUAGUGGACCAGAUAUUUCAACGAGACUCGCGACUCUCUAAGGACGAGAACUUUGAGAUCAUGCUUGAUAUGAUGAUCUCUGGCGAGGGGAAAUCGGCCGCAAGCGGCUCUCUUGAUAAGAUCAUUAGAGGCUGUUUCAACAAGUACCUUGACAUCGUGCACCUUCAAGAUGACUCGGUCGCAAGACCAGCAGAGAUCAGUGAUUGGAUGUACUACUACGAUCUGCUCAAUUCUUCUGCCAGAGAAAACUUCUUUUACCCAGCACUUACCACUUUAAAGUUCUGGUCGUUAUUCAGUGAUAUAAGUCCUCGAAAGAUUAGCGAUGAAAACAGUAUUAUACCCAACGCUCGAGGAAUGGAUUUCGAGGCUAUGGAGCUCAUGAAACAGAAUAAAACACUAGUUAAGCGGCUAAGUGACCAUAUGCCUCUCAGCUUGAAGGUUGCAUUAUGUGGAUCUUCAAGCAAUACCGAGUUUUACGCAUCUCAAUUUGUGCCAUUUUUGGAUAUCAUGUUAUCUCCAGAAAUUGGUUCCGCUAGAGCCAAAUCUUCCCUUAAACCUUACGAGAAGCAUGCAGUUGAGAAACUCGCUCUUCUCGUGAGCGAUCUUGAUAUCAAAUUGGAAACCUCAAGAGAUAUGGAAACAAACCAGAAUUCCUUGUCAUUUGCACCCAACUGGGACACCAUUACCAUUUUUGAGUCAGGGUUGGCACCACAGCCUUUUGCUGCUCGAGCCAAAGCACUCUAUGCCAAGAGACAAUGGCUAUUCCCUAUCUUGCAGGGCGAGUUGGAAGCCACCUCGGCUUCCCGACUCAAGAAACGAGCAAAGAGCCAAACUCCAGUAGAGCCAGAAGCCGUGAAGGCUAAAAGAGCAAGAAUAACCUCGUCUGUGGACUAUUUCAAGAACCAAUACGAUGUGAUUUCAACACAGUUGGAUACUCCCGUGAAACCAUUGGAUCACAGUACAUCAAGAAUCUGGGUCAAGUAUCAUGAAGGCUUCUCCAACGCGGUUAAGAAGAAUAUUGGGUGGGCUGAUCUUUGGAGCAGAUGA